CUUGCAGAGCUGCUGCCGGGGAAGGGCAGCAAGGCACUCGUGGAGGGCCUGGAUGAUUCUCCUCACAUCCUGCUCCUGCCCCUGGAAACAGAACAGGAUACGUUGGACAGAGCCCCAAACUGUCUUGCUGAGACGCGGGAAAACUACAGCUCCCAGGGUGCAUCGCGCCGAGACCUGUACGCCGCGGAUCAGGUGGCUCGAGUCAGGUGACUUCUGGUCCGCCCCACAUUAAGUGAAGCCGGCCGGAGGAAGGUGGUACAGUCCGAAGCGGCUCCUGCGUUCCGUCUGGUCGGUCCCCUGAGCCUAGAGGACCUCAGUUCACUGAAAUCGAGGAACAUGAUAAGGAGGUGGCUGGUUAUUUUUAUCCUUUUUCCCCUGAAGCUCAUAGAGAAAUGUGAGUCCACGGUCAACUUCUCUGUUCCUCCCACCGUGAAGCUGGAAAAUGGAAGCUCCACCAAUGUCAGCAUCUCCCUCCCGCGUCCUUUAAAUGCAACCUUGGUGAUCACUUUUGAAAUCACAUUUCGUUCAAAAAACGUUACUAUCCUUCAGCUCCCUGAUGAAGUUGUGGUCCCUCCCGGCGUGACAAAUUCCUCUUUUCAAGUGACGUCUCAAAAUGUUGGACAAGUUACCACUUAUCUGCACGGAAAUCACUCCAACCAGACCAGCCCAAGGAUACGCUUCUCCGUGAUCCACAGCAAUGUCGUCAGCAUCAUAAACCAGGUGAUCGGCUGGAUCUACUUUGUGGCCUGGUCCAUCUCCUUCUACCCGCAGGUGAUCACCAACUGGAGGCGGAAAAGUGUCGUGGGUCUGAGCUUUGACUUCGUGGCCCUGAACCUGAUGGGCUUCGUGGCCUACAGCGUGUUCAACAUCGGCCUCCUCUGGGUGCCCUCCAUCAAGGAGCAGUUUCUCCUCAAAUACCCCAAUGGCGUGAACCCCGUGGACAGUAAUGACGUCUUCUUCAGCCUGCACGCGGUCGCCCUCACCCUGGUUAUCAUGGUGCAGUGCUUCCUGUACGAGCGAGGCAACCAGCGGGUGUCCUGGCUGGCCAUCAGCUUCCUCGUGCUCUCCUGGCUCUUCACACUCAUCGCCCUGAUCAUGGCCGCAGUCAGGGCCACCACGUGGCUGCAAUUUCUCUUCUGCUUCUCCUACAUCAAGCUGGCGGUGACGCUGGUCAAGUAUUUUCCACAGGCCUACUUGAACUUUUACUACAAAAGCACCGAGGGCUGGAGCAUUGGCAACGUGCUUCUGGACUUCACUGGGGGCAGCUUCAGCCUCCUGCAGAUGUUCCUCCAGUCCUACAACAACGACCAGUGGACGCUGAUCUUUGGAGACCCGACCAAGUUUGGCCUCGGCAUCUUCUCCAUCUUCUUCGAUGUUGUCUUCUUCAUUCAGCAUUUCUGCUUGUACAGAAAGAAACCAGGGUAUGACCAGCUGAACUAGCUCCUAGGGACCCAGCGGAAACAGCCCAGGCCCUGGGCCCUGGUGGGCAAGUUUCCACCAGGAAGGCUGAAGAAGCCGUCUGGAGUGCCGGGCUGGCUCCAUGUGGAGAAGCGCUCUCUUCCUCAGGCCCAACUCCUUAAACUUGAACCAGCCUGCCUUCGUCCAGGACUCUUCCAGGCCAGGGAGGAACCUACCUCUGGGAUAGGCACCUGACUGUGUGCAGAGAUGAACGGCCAGGCCACUGGCGGCCCCUCCCAGACUCCCCAGAGGUCUCAGCCCCUCCCAGGCCUUGCUGGCCAGGCAUCUGGCCCUCCCGCAUCUUGAUGCUGCAUCUCUAUUUCCUUCAAGGCUUUGGGCAGCACACAGGGCUUCUGGCAGCCGUCCCAGGCAGGAUUGAGCACUGAGCUUGGAGCCAAAGGCCUCGCCCCAAGCAACCAGUGUUUCUGGGAGCAGCGUGAAGGACUGACCUUGCAGCUGGGAGAGCCAAGGGCGCUUUGCUGCCACUGCUGUGUUCAAAGACCAAGCAGCCAGGUGCCGUGGCCAAUAGACCCAAGGUGCUGGUGCUGGUGGCAGGGGGACUAGGACUUUGGGGUUAGGCCUUGGGGUCCCUCCUCUGAAGGCUGCAUUCUCUGAGCGCUCACUGUCCUGACACUCAUUAUACGUAAAUCCACUUCCACGACUGCAAUCACAGGUGGCCCAGGCCAGGCUGUGGUAAAGAAACAGUAUUUCUGAGCCUUGAGGUACCCAACAGAUUGGUUCAGAACCCGGCUCACAUCCAACACUCUCUGGAUCCUUAUCACACUGACGACCCUUUUGGAUUUUUCAUAGGGAUGUUUUGGAAGUGAGUGGCUUACUUUCUUCUGCUUCUGCCUAUCUCCACUUACCCAUAGUCAGGCCCCAAGCCCCUCCAACUGCUCCUUACCCUGCGUCUGGAGUACAGGACACACACACACACACCAGUCUGUGCCUUAGAUGCCUGUUAGACUUGCCAGGUGGUGAAAACAGCUCCCCUGAUGGGGAGGGCAGGCCCCCUUCCCUCACUUUCCCCAGACCCCUACCUGAGACUCACCAAUUUGUGACUGUUCAGGAGCCUCAGAUAAGGACUUAAGACCACCUCACACAAUCCUCGUGGGCCCAACCUGAUCCCAAAGCCCCUCCUUUCCCACACCAAGCAGUUGUCCUUCCUUUGGAGGAGGGGAGGGAAGGGGAGGGUCCCAGGACGUGCCUUGUACAUGCCAUGAGCUUGUCAAUCCACUGUCAUAGUUAACCACGAGAUCAACAUGAGGGGCCUCUGUCCUUAAUUAAACCUGAUUCAUUUCCUUUGCA